AUAAGGAACCAUUAGUAGCAGAUUAGGCAGAAUUGUGCGACAAAUUUACGCGGCGGUGCCACCAAAAAAAACAUCAAUUUUGUCAAUCUCUGUUGUUAUCCACCCCAGACGAACACGACGAAUCUUGGUCAAAUUCGAAAAUUCCCCAACGAACCUUUCCGCCCAAUCUCCAUUGAAAUGUCAAAGUCAAACGCAUCCCAGAUGAACACGAAAUAUCCCGACCCCUCCAAAACCCAGAUGCAACAACCCACAUUCCCAUUCUUUUGUGUUCGUAUAUAAACCCCCUUCCCCAACAUCUGUAUUCAUUCAGAAUCUUGCAGUGAUUUAUUUAUUCUUUUAUUUCAAGAAUAGAAAUGUUUAAGAGUAAUAAUGCCAAAUUGAAUUCCGACGAUUGUCAGCAGCCGCAGCAGCAGAAUCAUAAUCAUCAUCAGCAACAUCACCAUCACAAAGUGUUGCCGAAGCGGAUAAUUUUAGUCCGUCAUGGCGAAAGCCAGGGGAACAAGGACGACUCGGCUUAUUCCAUGACCCCAGAUCACAAAAUCCCACUUACCAACAUCGGAAUUCAGCAAGCCCAGAAGGCUGGUUUUGGCAUUAGGCAAGUGGUUUCCGAUCAGGGUUCUUCCAAGAAUUGGAGGGUUUAUUUCUAUGUGUCCCCUUACGAGCGCACGCGCUCCACGCUCCGGGAGAUCGGCCGGGCGUUUUCUAGGCGCCGGAUUAUUGGGGUUCGGGAGGAGUGCCGGGUUAGGGAGCAAGAUUUUGGGAAUUUUCAAGUCGCUGAGAGGAUGAAGGUUAUUAAGGAGACUAGGGAGAAGUUUGGGAGGUUCUUUUAUCGCUUUCCUGAAGGGGAAUCUGCUUCUGAUGUUUAUGACAGAGUUUCCAGUUUCCUUGAAUCUUUGUGGAGAGACAUAGACAUGAACAGACUUCAACAGGGCCCUACUGACGAGCUAAACCUUGUAAUUAUAUCCCAUGGACUAGCCAUUCGUGUAUUUCUCAUGAAAUGGUUCAAGUGGACUGUCGAACAAUUUGAAUAUCUAAACAAUCUGGGGAACUGCGAGUUUCGAGUUAUGCAGUUAGGUUAUGGUGGAGAUUAUAGCUUGGCACUAAAUCAUAGUGAUGAAGAGAUGCUAGCUUGGGGGUUAUCGCCAGAAAUGAUCUCAGACCAGAAAUGGAGAGCUCGUUCUACCAGAGGGGAAUGGAAUGAGAAGUGUCCGUGGUACCUUGAUAGUUUCUUUGAUAAGUUUGCUGACACAGAAGAUAGUGCUGAAGAAAGUGACAAGGAAUAACGAUUUAGGUUUUAAUAUAGCCGCAACUCAAAAGGCUGUAGAUUUCCAUAUCAUUUGUACAUUUUCUGUAAGUUUGUAACUUCUUUUCUGCACUUUAAUGUAUUUCUGGUGAGCUAAUAUAAUUAUUUAUUCUUUCAAUCAAUUUCUUAAUCAUGUUGUUGUACCUAAUCAAUUUUCUGAGAUAUGGGAAUCUUGAUUAGGUGUUUAGAAACAUGAAGUACAAUGGUGUUUUAGCAUGUUAUGUGUAAUCUAGAUUUGGGAGGUAGAAGCCAGAUUUAGUCAGGCUGGAUGAACUGUGAAAAGUUAGCAUUGGUAAGGUUGCUUAUUUGACUUCAUACACCUUGUAUACUACUCUCCACGAAAAUGAUAUUUUCGUUUGGUUUGCCGUCUUGAAAUUCAAUAUAUACUCCAUUUUUCGUUUUAAGUCCAGUUCCUAUCUUUUUGCUAGUUGUUUGGAUUUGCCAUCUUCUUCGUGAAGAAAGUGUUUUUGUUUUGAGUUUUCGCGAAGGUAUCAGAAGCUUAAAUAUAAAUUUAUUUACGUUUGAUGCAUUUUGACUGGGGAAUCGGAAGCGCAGGGGAGAUCGAGCAGGACACCCAGUACAUGGA